ACUUGGAACCUGCUCUCCCACAUCUGGAAGCCACAUGUCGGCGGCAGCUGUAUAAAACGGUCAGCCCCGCAGACCUAGGGUGACGUUUUUUGCCAGAAGCCCGGGCGGCAUGGACCUCACUCGGCUGUGGGUGCUGCUGGCCCUGGUCACCGUGGCCUGGGGCCAGUACGGUGACUACGGGUACCCCUACCAACAGUACCAUGACUACAGCGAUGACGGGUGGGUCAAUCUGAACCGGCAAGGCUUCAGCUACCAGUGUCCCCACGGGCAGGUGGUGGUGGCCGUGAGGAGCAUCUUCAACAAGAAAGAAGGCUCGGACAGACAGUGGAACUAUGCCUGCAUGCCCACGCCCCAGAACCUCGGGGAGCCCACGGAGUGCUGGUGGGAGGAAAUCAACAGAGCUGGAAUGGAGUGGUACCAGACGUGCUCCAACAAUGGGCUGGUGGCGGGGUUCCAGAGCCGCUAUUUUGAGUCCGUGCUGGAUCGGGAAUGGCAGUUUUACUGCUGUCGUUACAGCAAGAGAUGUCCAUAUUCCUGCUGGCUGACCACAGAAUAUCCAGGCCACUAUGGGGAAGAAAUGGACAUGAUUUCCUACAAUUACGACUACUAUAUGCGAGGAGCGACCACCACCUUCUCUGCAGUGGAAAGGGAUCGCCAGUGGAAGUUCAUAAUGUGCCGAAUGACCGACUAUGACUGUGAAUUUGUGAAUGUUUAGAGCUUCCACCUACCAAAUCUGGGCGAGGGGAACGGGGCCAGGAGACCGGAGGAUGCCCACGCAGGUCCACGUCAGCUGGAGCUCCAAAGCGGUUUCUGCUGCUCUUUUCUCCUCCCUGAGCUGGUUAGUGGCCACAGCACCAGCUUUCUGGGCCUUCCUGACUAGUAUCACACUUCUAAUAAAAUCCACAAUUAAA